CUUCUGCUGCCCUGGAGACCUUGAACUGAGACGCGCAGAGGCACAUUCUCCAGGAGCUGCACGUCUGGAAGUUAUUUCGGCUUAAUCGGAUAAAGUUUUUUUCUCUGUGUUAUUGGAUGUUAUUUCCCUGUCACUCAAGGUUCCUAUCGGUAAAGACAGGAUUGGGCUGGGAAAGGACCAUGCUGUCCAUGAGUUACACGGAUGAGCCCUGGCCGGAGGGUUCAGUGGGGCUGGAGGAGGAGGUGGUCACGGCCGCCGCUCAGGCCGAGCAGCUGGACCGCGGAUCAGUCGAGUGCAACAGCAGCAGCUGCAGCUCCGACAAUCUGGACGACAGCCUGACCAGCCUCCAGUGGCUGCAGGAGUUCUCCAUCCUCAACGCCAGUGCGUCCCAGUCCAGCCACCACCAGAGUCACUUCUUCGGGAGCCAAGUGGGCUCGGAUGCACCCGCAUCUCCUUUAGCAGGAGACCCGGCCUCUAUAGGGAUGCCGCUGACCCCGGGCAAACCCACGGCGGCGUCUUUCUACAGGGUGCCGUCCUUGUCGGCUCUACCCAGCCUGGUCGCCCAUGGACACUGUCCAGAUGAAGUCGAUUAUAAGACCAACCCUCAUAUCAAGCCACCGUACUCGUACGCAACUCUCAUCUGCAUGGCCAUGCAGGCCAGUAAGAAAACCAAAAUCACCCUAUCAUGCAUCUACAAAUGGAUCACGGACAACUUCUGCUACUUCCGCCACGCAGACCCCACUUGGCAGAAUUCCAUCCGCCACAAUCUGUCAUUGAACAAAUGCUUUAUAAAAGUCCCGAGACAAAAGGAUGAGCCAGGAAAAGGUGGCUUCUGGAAGAUCGACCCCCAGUACGCAGAGCGUCUCCUCAACGGUGCCUACAAGAAGCGCAGGAUGCCUCCUGUGCAAAUCAACCCAGCUCUCCAGAACCGCCUCAGGAUGAACUCUCAUGCCGGACAAGCUGCAGCCACCGCAGGAAUGGCCAGAAGCCUUUGCGUGAGUCCUGAGUCCCAGCAGCUCCUGAAAGAGUUUGAGGAAGCCACGGGAGCAGAUCAGAACUGGGACCCUCGUUUGACUGAAGCCACCAUGUUGGGUUGUUGGGUUUCAGGGAAGGGCAGCAAGAGGAAACAGCCGUACGGCCACAGGACUGGUGGGAGCAAAGCUCCACGACGCUCAAGCUCUCCGCUGCUGGCCAUGGACGAGCAGGAGGACUUAAGCUCCCUGAAGGGCAACUUUGACUGGGACGCCCUGCUUGACUCGGCCCUGAAUGGAGAAUUGAGCUUGAAUGAAGGGAGUCCGUUGAGCCCCAUACCACGUGAUGAGGACUUGAUGAUUAGGGGCACCCAUAUCAGCCCCCUGGAAGCUCCUGGAGGUGUCGUUGAGAGCCACGUGCUGAUGGAAACCCAGAGGAGCAGCGAAGUAGACUUUGAUGAGGAAACUUUCCUGGCCACAGCUUUUCUGCAGAGUCCCUGGUCGGAGGUGGACGAGGCCAACCGUCCUGACUUCCUCUGUAGCUCAACGGUCAACAUCGAUCAACUCUUUGACCUGGGAGACUCUCUCGGAGGGGACUUAAGCAGUAAGAUCGAGUCUCUCCUUUAAAGAGACACCUUCGGUCCUUUGGACACAAACAAGUCAAAGAACAAAGAGGGUUUGGACUGUUUAGCCCCAAAGAUUUCAUACUGGAUUCCAUGAACUCCACGUGAAGAUGUAUUUUUAAAAGCGUAUCUAUUUCUAAUACUGAUUUUUAUGAUUAUGUUUUUUUGUAUUUGACAUGUUAUCUACCUGCAUUAAAGUUAAUCUAAUCAAGUUCCUUAGCGAGUCCUUAAAAUCAUCGUGUAACACUGGAUUCGGUGACUGAACGCCAACCGUGAAUGGACAGCACUGGAAGUAUAGACAAAAAAGAGAGGCGCAAGGUUGUUGUUUACAAUAGAAAGAGUUUAACUUAAGAAAUGAACAGCUGAAGUAAAAUAUGUUAUAAACAUUCAAACAAAUUCUGUAAGAAGUACAAAAUCAAAUGUGCAACUGACAUUACAUGCCUUGCGACUGCAAACAAUGUGCUUUCGGUGAAUUUAAUGCUGUUUAGAGCAGUUGUUCUCAGGAAGUCCCCAUGUAGGGCUACACAUUUUGGAUGUCCCACCUGAUUUAUAUCAUCAAUUUAAUGGCGGAGGCUCCAAGACCUGAACCGGAUGAACUGGAGACAUCCAUCAUGUGCAGUGCUGGACCAUGAUUGAAGACCAUUGGUUGAAACAGAAUUGUUUAGGUUUAUAGUCAACAAAUGAGCUGUUUUAAUGGCUGAUAUGAUGGAGUGUAUUUUGAUAGUGAAACUGCACUAAUUUAAUGAAUGGGAUUUAGGGGUUCCUGCCCAUGUUGGAUUAAUGUAUGUGCCAAAAGUUGUCUUUUGCAGCUAGUUCUGAUAGAUUUCUACAGUACAUGCACAUCUAACCACUUUCACGCACAUAUAGUGUUAAAGAGUGUUACGCUGACAUCAUACAAAUGAUAUUUCACACCAAGACUACUUUAUCUCCUUGUUUAGAUUGUUAGUACUAAGUAAAUUUAAAUGGGAUGAGUUAAUCACUUGGGAAGACAUGUCAUUAAAGCAAAUAAUAAAAGGCACUAAUAUACCAAACUUUUUGUUUGGUUUGUUUGUUUUCGGGAAUGUAAAAGAAUAAAACUUUAAAUGCAAUAAUAUUA